AUGCUCCUCGCCACGCCUCCGCCGCAGCCGGCCGACCCGCCCCUCGCGCCUCUGUACGUGGCCGGCGACUCGCACGCCCUCUCGCCCUCGUGGCGCGUGGUGCGCUGGCGCGGACAGCCGCGCGUGCUCGUGACCGGCCUCAAGCUGUGGCACCUUCGCGACGGCGCAGACUUCUUCCCAAAGGCAAACUUCGAGGCGGCGGCCGCCUCCCUGCCCGACGGCGCAGACGUCGUCUUCGCGUUUGGAGAGAUCGACUGCCGCGAGGGCUUGCUGCUCGCCGUCGAGCGGGCGCGCUACCGAGACCUCGCACAGGCGAUCGACACGGUGGUUGACAUCUACAUCCGCACGCUGCGCCGGCUAGCGGCGCGCCGGCGCUUCAACAUCCUCGUCCCUCCGGUCCUGCCAGAGACUCGCGCCGUCGUCAAGCAGUUCAACGCAGCCCUGCGGCGCGCCGUCGAGCGCGCCUCGCCCGUGCUCGCUUGGCUCGACUUUUUCGAGCAGCUCCUCACACCCGCCGGCGACGCGCUCGCGGACGGCCUCGCCCUCGACGGCACCCACCUCAACCCGCAGUACGUCCGCCUGACGGCGCCGCGAAAGCUCACGAUCAAACCGCUUCGCACGGCGCCAAAGUUGCCCGCCAACUUCGAGCAGGCCACCUGGGCCAAGCUGCUGGACGCGGUGCGAGCUGUCCACGGCAAGCGUGCGGUGAACCACAGCCUGGAGGAGCUGUACCGAGGUGUGGAGGACAUGUGUGUGCAGCACAUGGCGGCGCGGACGUACGAUAAGCUGCAGGCAGAGUGCGAGGCCCACGUGGAGGCCUCGAUCGAGGCCCUACAGACCCCCGACACGAGCGCCUUCCUCUCGCUCGUGCACGGCUGCUGGUCGGCGCACUGCGAGGAGAUGCUCACCCUGCACUCGAUCUUCCUGUACCUCGACCGCACCUACGUCAUGCAGAGCGCCGCGCGGCGCUCCCUCUGGGAGAUGGGGCUGCACAGCUUCCGCGCGCAGCUGAGCGCGCGGCCCGAGGUGCUCGCCAAGUUGCGCGAUGGCGUGCUCGCGAGCAUCGAGCGGGAGCGGGGGGGCGACCAGGUGGAGCGGUCGCUGCUGGCGGAGCUGCUGCGCAUGCUCUACGACCUCGGGCUCUACCAGCGCCACUUCGAAGAGCAGUUCCCGUCAGUCAAGACAUAA